UUUCUGUGCUCGGAGCUCGAUUGAUCCGGCGGUGGAGGAAAAUGGCGGACAAAACAGUGCGGAGCUCGGGUAGACGCGGUGUGUGCAGCGACUGUGAGGUGCAAGUGAUGCAUUGCUGAUUUUUCCAACUGCAAACUUAUAUGAGCUUGUGUGUUUAAAAAAAGUGUGCUUCUGAUUAAUUAACUAAGUUAGAGUGCUGACAAAAUGACUGCCUCAAAGAGGACUCUCAGUAAAAAGGAGCAGGAGGAAAUUAAAAAGAAGGAAGAUGAAAAGGCAGCUGCUGAAAUAUAUGAAGAAUUUUUGGCUUCCUUUGAGGGUGCUGACUCCAGUAAAGUAAAAGCGUUUGUUAGAGGUGGCAUUGUAAAUGCAACAAGAGAAGAACGAUUGGAGGAACAGAAAGGAAAAUUGUAUAAACCUUCUACACGGGUUCCAGAGAUAAAGAGUUUAAUACCAGAGAAGUCAUCUUCACCAUCUUUCACGUCAGACCCCAAGAAGCCACCCCUGAAGAGGGGUGAAAAGGAGAAGAAAAAAAGUAACUUGGAACUAUUCAAAGAGGAAUUAAAGCAAAUUCAAGAAGAACGUGAUGAACGGCAGAAAACAAAAGUGGGUAAGGAUGCUCCUUUCAGGCCUAGUCGAUUUGAGCCUCUACCAUCAGAAGAGUCAUCGCAAAAUCGCCGCUCCUCUGAAUCUUCGAGGAGAAACAGGCAAACAAAUGCACUUGAGGAAUUUACUCCUGGUUCUCAUGAUGCAGGCGAUCCAACUACUACUAAUUUAUAUAUUGGUAAUAUUAAUCCGAAGAUGAAUGAAGAAAUGCUGUGUCAAGAGUUUGGACGUUUUGGCCCCUUGGCUAGUGUAAAGAUUAUGUGGCCCAGAACAGAAGAAGAAAGAGCCAGAGAGAGAAAUUGUGGAUUUGUAGCUUACAUGAACAGGAGAGAUGCUGAAAGAGCUUUGAAAAAUCUAAAUGGGAAGAUCAUUAUGGAAUUUGAAAUGAAGUUGGGUUGGGGUAAGGCUGUGCCAAUUCCUCCUCACCCAAUUUAUAUUCCACCUGCUAUGAGGGAGUUGACUCUACCACCACCCCCCUCUGGAUUACCUUUCAAUGCCCAACCACGGGAGAGGCUAAAGAACCCAACAACUCCAGUGAUGCCUCCGAAAAAUCAAGAUGACUUUGAAAAGACUCUGUCGCACGCCAUAGUCAAAGUGGUUAUCCCAACAGAAAGGAACUUACUGUGUGUCAUUCAUCGGAUGAUCGAAUUUGUGGUGCGUGAAGGGCCAAUGUUCGAAGCCAUGAUUAUGAACCGAGAAAUUAACAACCCCAUGUUCAGAUUCCUUUUUGAGAAUCAAAGCCCAGCACAUGUUUAUUACAGAUGGAAAUUGUAUUCAAUACUGCAGGGAGAUUCACCAACCAAGUGGCGAACUCUGGAUUUCCGUAUGUUCAAGAAUGGAUCAUUUUGGCGACCGCCACCUCUGAACCCAUACUUACAAGAAAUAUUAGAAGAAACAGAUUCACGUGUUGAGGAGAAUGUGAAAAAGGGGCAGUUGAAGGAAGAUCAAAGGGAUAAAUUGGAGGAACUCUUGCGGGGACUGACUCCACGUAAAAAUGACAUUGGUGAUGCAAUGGUGUUUUGCCUGAAUCAUGCUGAGGCUGCUGAAGAAAUUGUGGAAUGUAUCGCAGAAUCUUUGUCGAUAUUGAAGACUCCAUUACCUAAAAAGAUUGCCAGACUUUAUUUGGUGUCAGACGUGUUGUACAAUUCUUCUGCUAAAGUUUCAAAUGCAUCAUACUACAGAAAGUUUUUUGAAUCUAAGUUGUGCCAGAUAUUUGCAAAUCUUAAUGCAACCUACAAGUCAAUACAAGGUCACUUGCAGUCUGAAAAUUUUAAGCAAAGAGUGAUGGGUUGCUUUAGAGCAUGGGAAGAUUGGACAAUUUACCCUGACCCAUUCCUCAUUAAACUCCAAAAUAUCUUUCUUGGACUUGUAGAUCUUGAGGAAGAAAAUAAAGAAGUCUGCAAACCUCAGAAUAUUUACCUUGGACUUGUCGAUGUUGAAGAAAUGAAAGACAUUUCGAAACGACAGCCAGAGUCUGAAGAACUAGAUGGAGCACCUGUUGAGGACGAACUUGAUGGCGCCCCAUUGGAGGAUGUGGAUGGAGUUCCAAUUGAUCUGGGCUCUGGUCUAGAUGAUCUUGACGGCGUUCCUAUGAAGGUGCUGGAUGAUGACCUUGAUGGUGUUCCGAUUGAUGGCCCUGAAGAUCCCAAGAAGUUUCAGUCAGUAUUUAAAGUUGCUCCAUCAAAAUGGGAAGCAGUAGAUGAAGCAGAAUUGGAAUCACAAGCUGUUACAACUUCAAAAUGGGAGCUCUUUGACCAGCCGACUGAAUCAGAAGAGGAUGAACCACCAGUGGACAGCACAUUAAAGGAAAGUGAUGAUGAUGAUGAUGACAUCGAUGAUCAAGUGCCUCGGCCAGAGGAACUGCUUUAUUUUACUAACCCGGUUAAGGAAGAAUCAAUGGAAUCUAAACCUGUUCUCAAGUAUUCAGAAAUGUCUGAAGAAAAGCGAGCAAAGCUUCGAGAAAUAGAGCUCAAAGUAAUGAAGUUCCAAGAUGAGUUGGAAUCUGGGAAGAGGCUAAAAAAGGCAGGUCAGACCAUACAAGAGCAAGUAGAACAUUAUAGAGACAAACUACUUCAGAGGGAGAAGGAGAAAGAAUUGGAAAGAGAGCGUGACAAAAAGGACAAAGAGAAAGAUGUGAUUAAAUCAGAGUACCGUAUAAAAGAUGGUAAAGAAAAAGAAAGCUCCUCAUCCCCUUCAAACAAAGAAAGAAAAAGGAAACACAGUACAUCCGUCAGUCCAACUCGUAUUGCCAGGCGUGCGAAGUCACCAUCACCGCGUUCAGAAUGGUCAGAUAGAUCUCGUACCAAAGACAGCCCCCACACAAGGUCAACACAUAAAAAUACGCCUCGGGAUACAAGUAAGAAGUCCAAGAGAUCUCGUUCUGGUUCAAGGACGCCGAAACGGUCCAAAAGAUCGCGAUCUAGGACACCCAGAAAAUCUUCCAAAAAAUCAAGAUCUCAGUCCAGAUCCCCACAUCGAUCACACAAGAAAUCCAAGAAGAGCAAACACUAGUGAACUGUCCAUAACCUUUUCCUGUAAUUUUAGUUUUGUCCUGUGCCUGAACAAACUGUUGAGGAAUAUCAUUCCUGGCUUUUUUUUUGAAUGCACAUAUAUUCAUAAUGAAUAUUCAACUUCAAUCAAUCUGUGUGCUUUUUUGUAUAUGAAAAAGAAAUUGACUUCUCUAGUGCUAUGGCUUCAUCAUCUCCUAAACUUCAUUUGUAGAUUGUGUAAAAACAAAUCCCCCUUUGUUAGAUUUCUCAUGAGGAUCCUUGUAUGUCUCUUCCACCAGCAGUAGCCGUGUUGUAUUUGCAGAGGUGUAUGAGGAAGCCUGAAGCAGAGUGUUAUCCUUUUGUAAUUUUUAACAUUCAAUGAGAGUUGAAUAAAAAUCAGUACAGAAAGUUACAUAA